AUGCCCGACCAACUCCUCAAAGGGAAAACAUGCCUCAUCACCGGGGGCGGCGGCGGUCUAGGCAAAGCAAUCGCAAGCCAAUUCCUCGAAGCAGGCGCCAACGUCGUAAUCUGCGAUAUCAACGACGAGCGCCUCCAACAGACCUCAACUGAAUUAUCACCCAAGGGGCCCCUGAAGGCCAUCAAGACAGAUAUCACCAACACUAGCGAAGUAGAAGCUCUAUUCGAAACCCUCAUCGGCGCAUUCGGCAAGAUCGAUGUCCUAGUCAACAACGCUGGGAUCAUGGACCACUUCGAUCCUAUCGGCGAUCUGGAUAUGGAGCUUUGGGACCGUGUCAUGGCGCUUAACCUUACUGCUCCGGCUGUGUUGAGCAAAUUUGCUAUCCGCAAUAUGUUGCUGCAGGAAAAUGUUGAUGGAAGGAUUAUUAAUAUUGUUUCUGUUGCUGGGAAGGCUGGGUGGGCUAGUGGCGCGGCUUACACAACCAGCAAGCAUGGUCUCGUUGGCUUGACCAAGAACACAGCCGCCUUCUAUGGGACCAAGGGGAUCAAGUGUAAUGCGUUGAUGAUGGGUGGUAUGAACACCAACAUCGUUGAUGCGUUCAAGACUGGUAUGCAUAUGGAAGGGUAUCAGAAGAUGGCAUCGAUUCUGGAGUCGAUUCAGGCUCCCCACGUUGAUGUUGACGAGGUUGCGGGUUUCUGUGUUAAUAUGACUUAUGGAAAGGGAGCUGGUCAGAUUAACGGGGCGACUAUCGCUAUUGAUAAUGGGUGGACUUCUGUUGUUGGAUAA